AUGAACGACUGGAAGGAGCAGGAUCUAUAUCUACAAAUGGUAUUACUUACUCCACAGAUGGUUGUAUUUUUUCAGGAAGACAAAAUACCUGUAAUUUUGGAAGUUAAAAAUGAUAAUGAAGCAUCACAUCUUGGAAUUGCUUGGUGCUUUUAUAAUGGAGACUAUUUAAUUGAAGGUCUCAUUAGACUUUUUGAAUUUACUGAAUCAAAGAGAACAAAUAAUUGGAAGGAUAUGCUUGAUGAUGGAUAUAAAAUACCAUUUGAAUAUGAAGAAAAAUUAAGUAAAG